AACCACCUUCCCCAUUUCCGGGUAUCCGUUAUCUAACCUAUCUAACCUAUCGAACCUAUCGAACUAUAUGAAUACCUUACCAUACCAUACCUUACCUAUCAAAGCAAAAAAAGAGAGUUUUAUGGGUGUAAGAUACGGAGUAUAUCCUGGAUGUGAUGAGGGGUAAGAUCGGUAAGAUAUAAGCUUCGACUCCACCCCAUCUGGUGAUCAUGGAUUGUUACUUUGACGAUGACGGUCUGACUGAUUUUACUAUCUCUCGACACCCUUUUUUCCGGAGAAAAUGUAAUGUUACUAGAUCGCACUAGAUCGGUACUGUAGAGUUGCUGACUGGGAUGAGAUGAGAUGAGAUGAGAUGGAUGAGAAACUUUGAUAGGUAGUGUGGAUUUGUAUUGUAUGGGGGGAGAGAUCUAGGUUUGUGUCUGAGGUGAGGGGAGUUGGGAUUUCGUUUGGAGGGUGUAUAUAGGUUAUCUGACUCCCUCACCUUCCCUUUUAUCCUUGAGAUGAGAAGGAAAGAACGCUUUUCUUUGGGUGCAUGUACACUUAUAUUUCCUUACUUAUUGCUUUGCUGACGAUAAAAGUAAGGUACGAGUACUUACUGUGUUGGAACCAUGAUUGAUCUAGCGAGUAUCAAGAUCGGAUCGCUGCGAUGUGAGUGGAUACUCCUAUGCGAAAUUCGUUUUGUUGUUCUUUGUGAGAUGGUAUGGGAUGAGAUGAGAUGGGAAUGAUGCUAAUAAUGGAUCUGAGAAGAUAACUCGCCCUGGAUUCAGGUCUUCAUUCUGGGAUUCGUAUGUUUCUCCUCCGUGGGCAUGUUUAGCGCUAUAGGUGGUUUAGGAGCUGGGUAUAUCUCCCCUUCCCCUUCCCCUCAUCCCCUCACUAACCAACCCAACCCUCUCCAGCGGCACCCAAGACGUCGCCCUCUCCGACACCGCCAACGGCGUGCUGUACGGCUGCUUCGCCAUCGCCGGUUUCUUCGCGGGCUCCAUCAACAACAUCCUCGGUGUCCGACUUACCCUCUCCCUCGGCACCACGGGGUACUCGCUGUAUAUUGGCUCCUUGUGGUGUUAUCAGGUUAAUGGGACGAGGUGGUUUUUGAUUUUUGCGGGCGCGGUGUUGGGGGUUACUGCUGCGUUGCUUUGGGCGGCUCAGGGGGUUGUUAUGAUGUUUGUUGAUUCUUUUCUUUUUUUGAUUUAUGAUUUUUGGAAGAAGGAGAGAAAGAGAGAGGGAGAGAGGGAGAGAGGGAGAGAGAGAGAAAAUAUUUUUGAAGAGGGGGACGGGGUAUUGAUGAGUUUAACUGCCCUUGCCUUUUUUUAUAAUCUAUGUCUUGAUGAGAAGCGGGCUGCGGAUAAAGUGAAGAGAUUCGCUAACCGAAGUUCUACACUAGGUCCUACCCCCUCGAGAAAGACAAAGGCACAUCGUUCACCCUCUUCUGGACGAUCUUCCAGAUGGGUACUCUGGUAGGCUCGGCCAUCGCGUUAGGAAUCGAGAUUGACUCGACGCUACCGAGUGUUUCCACGACGGUCUAUAUCGUGUUUAUGAUCAUCAUGCUUACGGCCAUUCUAUCCAGUUGGCUUAUACUUCCUUCGCGUAAGUUUUUCUGAACAUUUCUUUUCUAUUCUAGGAGUUGAGGAUUUGAUGCUGACGGAGAUGGGUUGAUAUAACAGACUUGGUUGUUCGUGGAGAUAAUACUAUCGUUGAGCUUGAGGACGCGAUUUCUCCGCAGGCGGAAUUUAGGGAGUUUGGGAAAUUGUUCAAGGAUUGGAGGAUGAUUGCUUUGUUUCCGAUGUUCUUUUGCUCCAAUUACUUUUAUGCAUACCAGGUGAGUCUUCAAAUGAGUGUUUAUAUCCGCCUUACUCUACACCUACCCAGUUCCUCAAGCACAAGCUCGCCUAUUCUCCUCAAGUACCACUAACACCCACCCCCAAGGGAGCCAUAACAAGCGUCCUCUUCAACGGCCGCACCCGCGCCCUAACCGCCCUCCUCGCCGGCCUCGGCUCCACCAUCGGCUCCAUCCUCAUCGGCAUCCUAACCGACCGCCUCCCCUUCGCGCGUCGCAAACGCGCCAUCUGGUCCUGGACCUUCGUCCUGCUCCUCAGCAUCAUGAUCUGGUCCGCCGGCCUCGCCUUCCAACUGAAAUUCACACGCGCAGACAAGGUCAUCAAAGGUGUCGCCAUCCCAUGGGACUGGACGCAGAAUGUCUCGACGGGCCCGAUGAUCCUGAUUAUGGGGUACUACAUUGCCGAUGCGGCGUUCCAGGGUUUGGCGUAUUAUACCAUGUCAUCGAUGUCGAAUAAUCCGUUUAAACUUGCCCGCAUGGCGGGGUAUUAUAAGGGUGUGCAAUCGGCUGGUGCCGCGAUUAGUUUUGGGAUGGAUGCGGUGAAGACGGCGUACCUGGGGGAGAUUCUGGUUUCGUGGUUGCUUUUGAUGGUUUCGAUGCCGUUGUGUUUGUGGGUGCUGUGGAGUGUGAGGGAUACGAAUUAUGAUGUGGAGGGCGUGACGAGGGUGGAGGAUGUGAAUGGGGAUGCGGCGAAGGGACUUGGGAAUGGACAUGGUGAGGUGGUGGUGGGACGUGAGGAUGGGAUGGAGGGUGGGAGGACAGAGAGGGAUGGGGAUGGGAAGAUGGGACAUACGGCUGAGGAUAAGGAGCUUCUGCCUUCGAGCGAGCUUUCUGCGUCGGAUCUUAAGGUUCUUGAUGUUGUAGGAGGG